UAUAGAGCUGCCAGUCCGCUCUAUAAUCGAUCUGAAGUUCGUUGGAAAAUUAAUUCUACUGGAAUAGUGUUGGGUCUUUAAUAUUUCCAAAAAAAGGACCCUGUAUAUAAUUAUAUUUUUGAAAUUAUUAAUUAUUUACGAUUACUUUUACGACAAGCAUGGGCUAAUUUUACACUUUAAUUCAUGAAACGUUGCGACUGUUAUCCGCAAGAAAGUAGAUUCAUUUAAUUGGGAUAGAAAUUUUUGUUGAAUGAAAUGUUUCUGCCCAUUUUACAAGCCUUUUCUGAUAUAACUGCCUCUUCCACGUCAAGUUUUGAGAUUAUAAUUAGGUAUUCAGAAAUGAAUGUGAUUGAUUGAAUAUUAAAUUUUAAAAAUCCGCCGAAACAAAUGGUACAAUCAUUAUCCACCCACAUGCAAAAGUUUAGUUGUGUUAUUUUUUCGUUAUUUACAUAAUUUUUCGCAAAUGAAACUUCGGCAAUCAUAGUCAUCGUCGGACAUCAAGCAGCAAAAAUUUGACAAGUGUGGCACACAUGUUCCUAAGCGUCGGUUGAGGCAGAGAUCCAAGUCUUAUUAAAGAACCCGCGACGGAGAGACCUAAUAUAAACUAAACCAAACAUUCCGAAAUAAUCGCUUAAAGCUUAUAGCGAUCCCGAAUAAAAGCAGUAGUGAGUGCGACUGCGAAAGCAUCGCAAGACGUAAACCUGGUCGCCAGAGACUGAAAGGCUCCUACGCAGCCUCUUCAACAAUGUCGCUGCCUUCCAUAAUUAGAUGGAGCGUAAUAAGUAUUAUAUUAAUGCGAUGUACUCUCAUAAGCUGCCAGUUUCUGAAUUCGCGACAGAGGAUAAGACAUCAGCAAUUCAAAGACUCAGUUCCAUCGCAAAUUGGACAAAUCUACCCAGAUUUUCACCCUUUCGAGGAUGUUAAACCGCAUCGACAGGGUUUAUAUCAAUCCAGCGGAUAUGAACCAAGAAAGCUUCAUCCUUGCGAGCAAAGUUCGUGUUACCCCGCGACAGGAAAUUUAUUGAUAGGAAGAGAAUCUCAACUAUACGCAUCAUCCACUUGCGGUGUUAAGAAGCAAGAGAAAUACUGUAUAGUGUCGCACUUGGAUGAGGAACGUAAGAAAUGUUUUUGGUGCGAUUCUAGACCGAGCACUAAACCAAAUCCGCUGUACAACCACAACAUCAGCAAUAUUGUCUACAGAAUGUAUCCUGGUACCAGGCAAAGAUCUUGGUGGCAAUCGGAAAAUGGAAAAGAAAAAGUGUUUAUUCAACUGGACUUGGAAGCGGAGUUCCAUUUUACUCAUUUGAUCAUCACAUUCAAGACAUUUCGGCCAGCAGCCAUGUUAAUUGAAAGAUCUUAUGAUUUUAAACAGACUUGGCAGGUAUACCGCUAUUUCGCUCAGAAUUGCACGGAAAGCUUUCCACAUAUCCGAGAAGGUCAUCCACGGAACUUAACAGAUGUUGUCUGUGAGUCGAGAUAUUCGGGGUUGUCUCCAGCUACCGACGGGGAGGUUAUUUACAGAGUUUUGCCACCCACUUUGCCAAUAGACAAUCCGUAUUCGGAGCAAGUUCAAAAUUUAUUAAAAAUGACCAAUUUAAGAAUAAAUUUUACAAGACUACACACCUUAGGUGAUGAUUUACUGGAUCAACGGGAAGAAAUACAGGAAAAGUAUUACUAUGCAAUUACCGAUAUGGUAGUAAGAGGCUCGUGUUCCUGUUACGGACACGCAAAUCGUUGCCUUCCAUUAGCUGGCAUCGAAGCCAAACCAGACAUGGUUCACGGUCGUUGUGAAUGUACUCACAACACCAAGGGAAGGAAUUGCGAAAGAUGCGAAGAUUUUUUUAAUGAUCUGCCGUGGAGGCCCGCUAUCGGAAAGCAAACGAACGCUUGCAAAAGAUGUAACUGUAAUAAUCACGCAACCAGCUGCCAUUUUGACGCAGCUUUAUUCGAAGCACGAGGGCAUGUAAGCGGGGGAGUAUGCGACGGGUGUCAGCAUAAUACUAUGGGAUCGAACUGCGAGCAGUGUAAACCUUUUUACUUCAGAGAUCCUGGUAGGGACAUUCAAGAUCCUGAAGUAUGCAGACCUUGCGAUUGCGAUCCGCACGGGUCUUUGGAUGAAGCAAUAUGCGAUUCUGUUACUGAUCCGUUAAACAAUUUGGUAGCAGGAAGUUGCCACUGCAAAGAGAACGUGGAAGGACGAAGAUGCGACAGAUGCAAAAACGGUUUUUGGAAUUUCACAGAGGCAAAUCCGGAAGGCUGCCAACCUUGCACGUGUAAUACUUUGGGCACCAUCGAUAAUCAAGGAUGUAACGUGUAUUCGGGCGAGUGCACUUGUAAACGUUACGUAACGGGAAGAGAUUGCGUCCAGUGUUUGCCAGAAUACUGGGGAUUAUCGGAGAAACAAGAUGGUUGUCAGCUUUGCGAAUGCGACGUGGGCGGAUCGUAUGAUAAUUUCUGCGAUGUAAUUACGGGUCAAUGUAGAUGCAGGGAUCAUAUGACGGGCAGACGUUGCGACACUCCUCAACAGCAAUAUUUUACGGCCAGUUUGGAUUUCUUGCUUUAUGAAGCGGAAGGAAGCAAAACCACGGGGCAAGUUGUUAUCCGAGAACCCUAUCGCGAUGGUAGGGAAAACACUUGGACAGGGACAGGGUUUGUUAAGGUGUUCGAUGGUAACUAUAUCGAAGUUUUUGUCGACGAUAUUGUGACGUCCAUGGACUAUGAUGUUAUAAUUAGAUACGAGCCCAUUAUUCCAGACACGUGGGAAGACGUGGUGGUGACAAUAGAAAGGCCAGACUUGGUGGACCCGGAUGGUCCUUGUGCCAAUACUCGACCACAAGAUGACAUAAAGCAUACAUCUUUGCCGUCGACACAACACGAGCAAGUUGUCUAUCCGCCGUCAUGCUUAGAGGCGGGCAAAACCUAUACAAUUCGAGUUGAUUUCAUUAUGAGUACCAAUUAUGCAACCCCCAGGCCAACGGCAUCGGUUCUCAUCGAUUCAAUUAUAUUGAAACCGAGAAUCGACAGUAUGCCGAUGUUUUCAAAUUCACCGGCGGGAAUCAGGAGGAAAGAGGAAUUCGAACGGCACAAUUGUGGCCAUCCAUCGAUGUUCGUAAAAGGUGCCGAAGUACCGGAAGUGUGUAAAAAAUAUCACGCUAGUAUCAGCGCUUACGUAUUCGAUGGUGCUAAACUGUGCGAAUGCGAUCCAACCGGCUCCAUCAGUAAGAUAUGCGAUCUGUUUGGUGGUCAUUGCAAUUGCAAACCUAACGUCGUUGGAAGGAAAUGCAACAAGUGCGCGCAAGGUACGUACGAUUUUGGACCGGAGGGUUGCAAAGCGUGCGACUGCAAUAGCAUCGGAGCCAUGGAUAAUUUGUGCAACGUAACCACUGGUCAAUGUAAAUGCAGAGCAAAUACCUACGGUAGAGAGUGCGACCAAUGCCGUACCGGUUUUUGGAAAUUCCCCAACUGUGAAAGAUGCGACUGUAACGGCCAUGCGGAUAUUUGCGAAUCGCGAACUGGGGUGUGUAUCAAAUGCCGCGAUAAUACUCAGGCUGACCACUGCGAAAAUUGCAUAGAAGGUUAUUACGGAGAUCCAAAAAUCAAUGUAGACAUUCCGUGUCGACCAUGUCCAUGUCCGGGGCCCAUAGGAUCCAACCAUUCGUUUGCCGACAGAUGCAGCUUGGAUCCCAAUACCAAAGAUGUUGUUUGCGAAUGUCAGCUGGGUUACGCGGGUACCAGAUGCGAUGUGUGUUCAGACAACUACUACGGAAAUCCGGAGGUACCCGGGGGUUCAUGCAAACCUUGCGACUGCAACGACAAAAUAAAUACUUUGGUGCCUGGUAAUUGCGAUCCGCACACGGGAAAGUGUCUGAAAUGCUUAGAGGAUACCACCGGCGACCAUUGCGAAGUUUGUAGGGAAGGGUUCUUCAGAUACACCGAAGACAGUAUUUGCGAAGAGUGCGUUUGCCAUCCUUUGGGUACCAACUCCACUGCCGGCCCGUGUAAUCCUUCCAGUGGACAAUGCCAUUGUUUCCCCAACGUUUCGGGUUUAAAAUGUGACGAAUGUAUACUAAAUCACUGGAAAAUCGCUAGCGGACAAGGAUGCGAGUUUUGUGAUUGCGAUCCGUUUGGUUCUCUUAAUGCCAAAUGCAAUGAGUUCGACGGACAAUGCCAAUGCAAACCGGGAUUUGGAGGGCGCCAAUGCAACGAAUGUAUGCGAGAAUUUUACGGAGAUCCAAAAGUCGAAUGCUUGCAUUGUGAAUGUGACGUGUUGGGUGCCAAACAUAAACAGUGUCAUCAAAGAACAGGGGCAUGUGUUUGUUUGUCAGGCGUGGGAGGUCACAAAUGCGACCGGUGCGAAAGGGGUUUUAUCGGAAACAUACCUGACUGCCUGACCUGCGGCGAAUGCUUCGAUAAUUGGGACCGGAUAUUACAGGAAACUAAAAAUGAAACGCUGAAAAUAAUCGAUAGAGCUGGAGACAUUAAAAAAGUUGGGGCCACCGGAGCCUAUACGAAAGAGUUUGACGACAUGCAAGCGCAACUCGACGAAAUAGAGCAGCUUUUGAACAACGUCGACGAUGUCGAUGUGGAUGCCAUCGAAGAAGAGCUUCAGAUAUUGAGAAAUCAGAUUAACGAUACGGAAAACGACAAGUUAAACAAGCUGGAUAACGCCUUGGCGAAUAUUAAGCAAAACAUUUACUUGGCCGAAAGGAAAGUGACGAGUUUGAACGAGAGUAUCGGCGAACUUAAGAGGAAAACUGAAGAGUUGGAAAAUAACGGUACGAAACUUCAGGAGGCCAACGUUCAGGGAGCCUUAACGCUAAUUAACAACGCUAAAGAAAAAGCGGCCCAAGCCGUGCGUAAAGCCGACGCUUCUCAAGAAGACGUGAAAUAUGCGGAAAAUCAAUGUCGAGCGACUGAAACGUUCAUCAAUCAAACGCAAAACGCGUACGAAAAACAAUCAGAGAAUAACGAACGCGAAUUGAGCGACAUUCGCGAUAAAUUAGAAGAGCUUUACAAAGAAAUUCCAAUUCUUAACGAUUUGGUGUGCGACGGCGCUGGAGAUCCUUGCGAUUCUAUAUGCGGAGGCGCCGGAUGCAAUAGCUGCGGAAAUUCUAUCUCGUGUGAAGACGGCGCUAAGCAGUUGGCAGAAGCUGCCAUCAGUCUUGUAAACAGGACCGAGAUUGCUCUUCGAGAAAAAGAAGCAGCCGCUAACGAUUUCAUCAGGAACGUAUCCCAGAUUAACACGAACGAAACACGUAAAUUGGCACAGGAAACUUUCGACGUUAUAAACAACGAAUUACUCAAAUCGAACCUGUCGUUGGAGAAAGCUAACGAUAUGGUGAAAGCGAUGAGGGAGUACUUGGGUCAGAAUAACACCAAGCCGGAGGACAUUAAAAACAUCGCGGAACAAGUUUUGAGGAAAAAUAUCUCGAAGACGCCCGAACAGGUGAAAGAAUUGGCUGACAACAUCAAAAACGCAAUCGAUCGUUUGACAAACACCGAUCACAUUAUCGAGGCCACCAAAAAUGAUUUGGCCAAAGUGAAACAGCUGAAAGAGGACGCGAAAUACGCAAAGUCAAACGCAACUAAGUUGUUAAAGGACGCAGAGGACGUAAAUAAAUCGUUGAACAAGACUCAGUACGCUCAGCUUGAAGCCGAAGCUGCCGUCGAGAAGGCCUGGAACGAUUAUAAAGCUGUCGAGAAUAUUCUAAAUGAGAUUGGCAACAAAACUGAGGGGGCACAAGAAACCACAGCGGAAAUCCACAAUCAGUUGAACGCAAUCAAAGAGAGGAUUAUCGACUUGCAAGAGAACAUAACUGGCAACGAACAAUUCGCGAAUCGCGUCAUUACGGAAUCGGUCAAUAUAUUGAAAAACGCCGAAUCAACGAGCGCUGAAUCGAAGGAACUGCAAACUAAAUACGAGGACGCUAGAGUAAAACUGGACGAGAAUUUGAAUAAAGUAAAAACCACCAAAGAAAGGUCAAACGAGUUAUUUAAUAAAGCUCUCAAUUUGGUCGCAAAAGUUACCAAAACGCAAGAAGAUAUACAAAGGCUGGAGGAGAGCGCUCAAGAUGAGGAGCUCAGUAAUCUAGAAAACCAAUUGCAAAACUUAAUCGGUAGGAUGAUGCACUACACAAAAACGUUAGAAGAAAGAGUGCAGCAUUAUAAAAUAUGUACCUAAACGUAUAUUAGAUAUAGAGUAAUUAGUACACUGCCUUUUUGAUGUCCGGAUCAAACUCACCUUUUUAUACUUGUAAAUAAACCCUUGGUGUUAUAUUUUCUAUUUUUACGUAAAUAAAUGGAAACGAAGGAAGACCGACUUUCUGCUGCUGUGAUAUUGCUUGAACAGUUGAUGGUUUCACGGAGUCGCCUUUAAAAAACAUCGAAUAAAAUUUUUCACCCAACUUCAGUUUUUUUUCCGCACAGGUUUCCAUAUCGUAGCCGUCAUGUAAAUAAGUAAUUUAUUUCAAAUACCUUUCGAUUAGUUAUUAUUUUAAAUACUUAUAGCUUGAAUGAAUUCAUUGAUAAGGGCUUAGCUUGUAAAUAAACAAAGUGCCAAAUUAAUCUCCUUUUUGUACAUAAUAAAUU